UGUUUUUGUCAGUUGGGCGAAAAACAACCGAACGGAUUACAAUUACCGGGAAAUUUACCUCUUCGCUUCCACCUGAGCCGUGCUCGUGAUCGUUGUGUGCGUGCGCGCUCCCGCCGAAGUUUCUCUGCAAACAGGUUUUCCCUGCUGACACACCUGUGUCAGGAGCUAAAAGGAAGUAUUGUUGUGCGCCUUCUUCAUUCUGCGGGUGACCUCUGCGGCUGACGGACGGACAGACAGAGACGCUUUUUAAAGGAACCUUUUGUUUUUUUGGAGGAAAAUCAUCAUGAAAGGUUUAAUCCUUCUAGCCCUGGCUGUAUUUGCAGCUGUGGAAAUCGCUCAAUCUUGUAAAUGUGAAACAAUGAAAUGGGCCACUUGUGAAGAAACAUCUGGCACAUGUGAAUGUAAACUCAUGAUUGAUGACAAUGUCAAUCAACCCAUUGACUGCAGCAAAUUGAUUCCUAAGUGCUUUCUGAUGAAGGCUGAGAUGUACAGAGCUAGAAAUAAACUCGACACCCGUACCAUCGUUGGAAAGCCCACCGAGGACGCCUUUGUGGACAACGACGGGAUCUACGACCCGGAGUGUGAGCGUGAUGGCAAAUUCAAGGCCAAGCAGAACAACAAAACCGAGGAGUACUGGUGCGUCAACAGCGCCGGGGUUCGCAGAACCGACAAGGGCGACAAGAACAUGAACUGCUCUGAGCUGGUGGAGACCUACUGGGUCCGUCUUCAGCUGAAGCACAAAGAAGUGGAAGGGAGUGGGAAGGUGGAUGAAGCCUCUCUGAAAACUGCAAUGCGUGACAUCAUUGAAACCCGUUAUGGCUACGACAAGAAUUUGGUGACUGAGGUUCAGUAUGACCCUGCUGGUCGCUUCAUCGUGGCUGACCUGAAGAAGGAGAAAACCGAUCGCACCAUUAACCUUGGCAACCUGGCCUACUACAUGGAGAAAGAUCUGAAGGUCCUCCCUCUGUUCCUGGACCAGAAACCGUUCACUCUCAACUCCGGCCCCCAGAACUUGAAGAUGGAAAAGAUCGAGGUUUUCUAUGUGGACGAGAAGGCUCCGACUUUCACCAUGAAGAACCUGUCCGGUGGCAUCAUUGCCGUCAUCGUUGUCGUCGUGCUGGCUGUGGUCAUAGGCCUUCUGAUCUUGUUCUUUGUUAAUCGCAAGAAGAUGAGGUACACCAAGACCCAGCAAAGGGAGAUGGACAACAUGUAAUGCAGCAAGUCGAUGAAGAGCCGGACUGGCCCGAGUAGCGUGCCAUUUUAUUUUUGAUCUUCUACAUGAGGAAUGGAGAUUGUUUCCAGAACUUUUUUGUUUUUUUUCCCCUUAUGCUGGUUGCCCAUUUAUUUAUAUCUUGUGGAAACUCUUGGUACAUGUAUCCAGUAAUGACAGUUUUUUUGUUUUGUUUUGAAGCUGUGCCUGAUGUCAUGUGUUUUUAAUGUUAGAAUCUGUUCAAUAGCUAUAAAUUCCUUAUUGUACAGUUUCUUAUGAUGCCUUUUUAAUAAAGACUUUUAAAAUUC